UUUUUGGCAUCGAUCCAUGCUCGCUCAUACUCUCAUAGGAGUCGGAUAUUUUUCUCAUCCCAGCGAAAAUCUUAUAGCAGCGUUAUCCCUUCGGGGCCAAAGCUCCGAGCCACUGCCUGACUUCUCUUCAGUUCUCAGCAUCACAAUUCACUGCCGAGCGGGAUUAGACGACAUCAACUGAUUCGGAGUCUCUCUCUCUCUCUCUCUCUCUCUCUCUCUCUGUAAAACUGCAUUGUUAUCAACAAUGCAUGCGUUGCUGGAUCCCUGUUCUCUAGCUCCCUCUUCUAUCAUUCCCCUUCCUCCUACUGUCUUCGUCCGCCCUAUAGUCAAAACAGCAUCUCAAUCCAUGAAUUUCUCCUUCAUUAAGAGAAAGAAUACAAAGCCCUCUUUACCAUUUUCACAUGCCCGCCUUGCUUCGUUCCUGCUCCCAUACGCCCACAACAGACCCAACGACAGUGUUAGUGGAGACACAGACGAUAUGUUCGACGGAUUGUUGGACAAGUAUGGGAAGGUAGUAUACAGAAGAAACGAUAGAAAAACACCAAGUGCAGAAGCCGACGACGAUGCUGAGAGCCUGUCAUUUGCUGUGGCUCUGGCCAAGGUUGCAAGUGAGGUAAAGGCGGCAGAUAUCCGUGUUCUCUUUGUGAAGCCUCUGGUUUAUUGGACUCGGUUUUUUAUCAUUGCCACAGCCUUUUCACGCCCUCAGAUUGAUGCUAUUGGGUCCAAAAUAAGAGAUCUAGCUGAGAAACAGUAUAGAAAAGUCCCAUCAGGUGACACUAAACCCAAUUCGUGGACUGUAUUGGAUUUUGAGAGCCAGUAUGCCUCCGGCAGGUUCAAUUAUAACUGUAGAGCGGGCAUCUCUUGGAUUAAACUUCUGUUGAUGAUUGUCAGUUUCUAGACACAGCCAUGCAGGACUGCAUUGUGGAAGCUUGAUUAUCAAGAGAAUUUGGGUGGUCAUGUAGUAUUAAGGCUGGAUGAUGAUCAACCCGGUCAUUAAUAUUUGAAACCAAGAAGGUUAUCCCUCAGAGUGGGGAUACCAAGACUGCAUGAGUUCUCCAAUUUCAGUGUACAUAUGAAGGAUUGGAGUUCAGAAGCUUUAGAACUCCUUCCAUCAAGCCUUAGUUUUGUUGAUUAGUCUUAUUUUUCCUACUUGAGUUGAGUGCUUAAUAGCUCUUGAUGUCCUUCAAUGCAGAAGAAAUUUGAGAUGGGGAUACCAUCUAUGCUGUUAACAUUGGCAGAAGUUUGAAUUCUUUUUUUUUUUCUUGGGAAAAUCUUGUUGAAUAAAAUAAAGUUGAAACUUUGGAGAAGUUUCUCAUGUUGCAACCCUGCUUUAUCAUGCCUUGGGACUUGGAAUCUUAUUGAUGCCUUUUCAUGCUUAUUCCG